UAGGACAGAGCAGUUAUCUUCACAGACAUAAGUUCAGUAAGUUCAGUUCAGUUUUUCACUCGAAUUUUAUACAAAAGAUUUUUAACUACAUAUCUUUUGUUAAAACAAAUUAUUAUAUAGUUUUUAUAUAACAGAAUAUAAGAUAUUACUCUCACACUCACCACAUGUCUGUUAGUUUGUGUACUUGUUAAUUUUAAUAGUUUCACUGUAAAAAAAUGUUAAGACCCAAAGUGUUGUCUCAAGUUUUAAGUCAAGCAAAUAGUAAUGGUGUUGAAAACACUAUGCUAUUGACAUAUGAUGGAAGCUUAUUAGCAUUUAGUGGUUAUGGUGAUAGAGAUUCAAGUAUCACAGCCAUAAUUGCAGCUAAUUUGUGGAAUACAUAUCAUAAGAAUGGUUUAGCUACAUUAAAAGAAGAUCAAUUACAACUGGUCCUCAUGGAUUGUACGGAAGGCAGAAUUGCAAUUAAACAAGUUGCUAACAUUUUAUUAUGUUUAUAUGCAAAUCGAUCCGUGGAAUUUGGAUUAUUAAAAGAAAAAAUAACUGCUUUAUCAUCAUAUUUAGAUGGUCCACUCAGGCAACUUUCGGCAUCUUAAUAAACAUAACUCUACAAUCGUUAAAUAUAAAUAUUUUCCUUUAAUUGUUUUAUAAUUUUUAAUUAUCACCAAUAUAAAUAUAUAUUAUAAUCAUACAUUUUUUAAAUAAUAUAUAUUUUAAUACUAGUAAA